UUUAGACAUACCAAUCCUUCUGAACAAAAAUCAGAUAAAAGCUUAUCGCUCGAUGAUAUUCCAACGCAUAAAGGAUUUAUUUGGUUUAAAGGAGAUCCCUGCCAAUGUCAGUGGUUACCAAGUUGAUCUUCGAUCAGUACUUAUUUGGUGUGCCAGAGAAAUGAGACUACAUGGAUGCCCCUCAAAAGACAAACUUAUAUUCAGUUUGAAACUAGAUGGACGUCCUUUUUAUGGUCGAAGGCAGGUUUUGGUUGCCUUAUCACCCCUACAAUCUCCACUUCUUCCUGUUCAGAGUUCCAAAGCCAUAUACCCAUUAGCAAUAUCUAAUUGUGAAGAAGACAGAAAUGAUCUCAAGGAACUUCUUCAAGACCUCAACCAUCAAAAAAGAGCUUUGAAGAAAGAUGGUCUUCAUGUUGAUGGGAAACAUUGGCAGGUUGAAUUCAAAGUCACACUGGAUUUAAAGGCUCUUUAUGUGCUACUUCAGAAAGAAGAUGAUGAUGACUUUGAGUUGGGUGGUAGAGGUCUUGAUGUAGAGUGCUGCUUUCUAUGUCCAGCUGUUAGGGGAUGUCCAUCAGAUUGUAAGAUGAAAAAUAGCAAAUGCUGCCCAGACCAUUUUGAGGGAUCAAAAGCAAACAUUGGAGG